UAUAAAUUCAUUUCAUUCUCUUCCUUAAUCUCUCCCCUCCUCCCUCUCCCCUUUAACUCUCUCCUUUGGAAUUUCCCCCCAAGUACUCCUUCAAAACUUUCCCCACAUUUUUAGAGCAACCACAACUAGCAAUGGGUGAAGAAGCAGCUCCCAAACAGGAAGAAGAGCCCAAGGCAGAAGAAAAGAAAGAAGAGAAACCCGAAGAGAAAAAGGAGGAAGAAGCCAAGAAGGAGGAGGAGGCCCCGCCGCCGCCACCUCCACCGCCAUUUGUGUUGUACGUGGACUUGCAUUGUACCGGCUGUGCCAAGAAGAUUGAGAGGUCACUUUUAAAGAUUAGAGGAGUGGAAGGGGUAGUGACGGACAUGGCACAAAACCAAGUGACCAUAAAAGGGGUGGUAGAGCCUCAAGCCAUAUGUAACCUCAUCCAGAAGAAGUCCAAACGAAGUGCCAAAGUUGUGUCACCGUUGCCCCAAGCCGAGGGGGAACCUAUUCCUCAACUGGUUGCUUCCCAGGUUCCCGGUUUAAGCACCGUCGAACUCACCGUCAACAUGCACUGUGAAGCCUGCGCCCAACAACUCAAGCGCAAGAUCCUCAAAAUGAAAGGAGUCCAAACGGCGGAGACGGAGUUAAGCACCGGUAAAGUGACGGUGACAGGGACGAUGGACGCCAACAGACUGGUGGACUACGUCUACCGACGCACCAAAAAGCAAGCCCAGGUGGUGCCUCAGCCGCCGCCACCACCGGAACCUGAGAAGCCAAAGGAAGAACCGGAGAAGCCCACAGAAGAAGCAGCAGCAGCAAAAGAAGAACCGAAAGCCGCGGAAGAGAAAAAAGAAGCCGAGGCAGAGAAGAAAGAGGAGUCCCCCACCCCACCGCCGGCAGAAGCAGCAGAAGAGAAGAAGAAAGAAGAUGGGGUGGUGAUAACAGCUGAGAAUACUGGUGAUGCUCCUGAUGCCCAGAUGAUGAUGAUGAUGAUGAUGCAGCAGCAGCAGCAGCAUCAUCAGAAGCUCAUGCAUUAUUAUAGUAAUCAGUACUAUCAUCAGCCGCCCAUGUACGUCAUCGACCGGAUCCCGCCGCCGCAGCUUUUCUCCGAUGAGAACCCAAAUGCCUGUUCCAUUUCCUGAGGCCCAAAUUCAGCAUCAUCUAAUUCAUCCUCCGGUUUUAAUUAGUAUUCGCGAGAUGAAUUAAACGGCCCCCUCAUCCUAAGGACCGUAACACAAAAUAGGACUGAAACCACCGCAUCAUAUCCUAAUAAUAUAUGAUUAAAUGAAAAACAAGAUAUAUUAUUCAUUUUAUGAUCAUGCCUCAUUCUUACAGAUUUGAAUGUCCACUUUUUCACUCCCGAUUAUAAUUCUUUAAAAUUACCCACAAUAUUAAUAUUUUAAUUAAUUUACUCCUUGAUGAUCAUCAUGCACUGUGUCCGUGUGUAUAUGUUUGUGAAUACAAGGAGACAAGGUUUAUAAUCAUCACGUCUCUAAUAUUACUGUAAUAUUGACAUAUUUUUUGUUCUCAUAGUAAUGCCAUCAAAUUUUCUCUACCUGGUAGUAGAAUAAGACUGAUCACUACCUAAACCGCAUUAUUUUAUGGGGCGCACCUGGUUAAUGAAUUUUAA